AUUCGGCCAGCUUCCCGGAAGUUGUAUAUAGCUGAGCCCACAGUAUGCAUGGCUUUAUCGACUGCCACUGUCACAUCUCCGCGGGGGAUUUCGACGAGGACAUAGAAACGGUUAUCGAGAGCUCCAAACGGGCUGGACUGCUAGCAUUGCUAGCCGUGGCAGAACAUGCUGGGGAAUUUGACAAGAUCAUUGCCUUGUCACAAAGAUUCCCAGGCUUUGUCUUCCCCUGCCUGGGAGUCCACCCCGUCCAAGAGGUUUCCUCCGAGCAGCACAGAAGUGCUUCUCUCCAGGAUGUGGACGCAGCGCUGCCCAUCAUUGAGAAAUACAGGGAGCAGCUUGUGGCUAUUGGAGAGGUUGGCUUGGAUUUUACGCCCAGAUAUGUGACAAGCCAGUCCGACAAAGAGAGUCAAAGGCAGGUUCUGGUUUGUCAGUCCCGUUUAGCCAAGGAACUGGACCUCCCUCUAAACGUCCACUCCCGCUCAGCAGGAAGACCCACCAUCCAGCUCCUCAAAGAACAAGGUGUUGAAAAAGUUCUGCUUCACGCUUUUGAUGGGAAAGCGUCGGUUGCCAUGGAGGCGGUACAGGCCGGAUACUACUUCUCCAUUCCACCAUCUGUAAUACGCAGUGAACAGAAGCAGAAAUUGAUCAAACAGUUGCCGCUGGAGAGCAUGUGUCUGGAGACCGACUCGCCGGCUCUGGGCCCUGAGAAGCAGGUGAGAAACGAGCCGGGGAACAUCCGGAUCGCCGCCGAGUACAUCAGCCACAUCAAAGGCGUGUCCGUGGAGAAGGUGAUGGAGGCGACCACGGAGAACGCGCUCCGACUCUUCCCCAGGUUGAAGUCGGCUAUGGAGGCGUGACGAGACCAUCGCAUGCCAAACGUGAUGGUCUUGUCAAUCAAAUGGUGGGCAAAUAUAAUUUUCCCACAAAAGAUUUCACCUCAUGGGAACGUGAAGUCUCACUCACGGGUGGCCCACGCUGCAUUUUAAAAUGUCAUUUUUUUAUGCAGCAGCAAAAAUUAUAGGACAAAAUACAGGUCAUAAUAUUCUGACAAUUACAUUUUGUUACUUUAUGAAAAAAUAAUUGUAAAAUAUGAGAAGCAAAAAAAAUUUUUUUAAAUAUGAGAAGCAAACAAAGUUGUAAUUAAAAAAAUUUUGUUGCACAAAAUUGAAAUGUUACGAGAAUAAAGUCAAAAUAUUAUGGCAAAGUCAUAUUUACACGAAGAAAAUGUACAAAAACAAAGAGGAAAUAUUUGGCAUUGGAAAAUGAGAAUAAAGUCAAUAUGAAGAGAAUAAUGUAUAUUCUAAUUUAAUGAAAAUUGUGUAGCAUUCAGUUGAAAUAUUAAAGAGAAAAUUCUAUUUUUUUUGAAAAUAUUUUUGUAUGAGGAAAAAGCAAAAAGAAGAAUAAAAGUUGAGAUAUUUGGAAA